CACGCGACGCAAGCUGCGUGGGGCGGCGCGUCACGUGGUGCUGAGCCCGCCCGAAGCGCUCUAUGAAAUACAAAUCGAGGGCGUGGCUAUGCACGACAGACAGACAAAUAAUCCCUGGUGGGCAGUGUUGAACUGUUGUUCCUACCUGUACCAGUCUUGCUGAGUCAUUCUCCCCCCCUGCCACUGUGGGGUGGAUUUUCACACAACUCUCUCGAAAAUGUACCAGUCUUGCUGGGUAUGCUAAUUUCUCUGCUCCAGCAGACCCACCUCUCUCUCUCUAUUUAAGGCCUCGACAGAGGCAUUGGGUCUGUGUGUGUCUAUGUUGUGUCUCUCUGUCUCUGUGUUGUCUCUCUCUGCUUGUGUGUCUGUCUGUGUGUCUCCGUAUCUGUGUUUUGUCUCCCUCAAAUUUAGUUCUACCUGAUGAUGAUUGCUUGUGUUGCAAUCGAAACGUAUUCUAUUGUUUAAUUAAUUUUCUUUCUACGUGACUUUCACCGAAAGAACCAAAGAAUAAAAUAUACAGUUAUUUUGUGAGACGAAGCGUGAAUCUGACCAAUUGCGGAGGCCCAGAGGUGCCUCCUAGUGGGAGUCUGUGAGACAACAUCGCGGUCGCUACAUGGUAGCGCCAAUUUUGAUUUCACGACUCGGCACGACUUGUGAUUCGCCUAUCACUGAAACCGAGAUGCUCGUGGUUGGUAAACAGGUAUACAGCUCAGACCCCGCUUGCUUGCCCAUCACCACAUAUAUAACCUUUUUGUAACUGCUCUCUCACUAGUUCAGCAGUUCCACUGCUGGAUUAUAUGUUUCCGCCUGAGGACGACCGCUUGUGUUGCGAUCGAAACGUCGUUUUUUUUUAUACCGUGACUUUACCGAAAGAACCAAAGAGUAUAGGUAUACAGAAGUACAUCCGCGUAUACUCAAAUCUCACGGUUGGUAAAUUUGUGGUUGGCAAGGGAUUACUGUAUCUUUAAAAGGCACACAUACAAUAUGGUUGAAUGGCGAUGUGGGUUGUGUGUCGCAGGCGAGCGUUGUGUACGGACAGAAGGAGCUCAGAGACAGCAGCAUGCACUUCAUAGAGAAACACGUGCAGGAUGUGGUUCGGACGCCAGGGUUUUGGGAGCUGUCCGACCAUGCCCUCUCGGUUUUGCUCCAAAGUGAUGAGUUGGAUAUCGACGAGGCCGAUCUGAUCACGGCGGUUACACAAUGGGCAAAUGUAAACUCUGCUGUGUUAGGAGAGCCGGUGAGCAAGGUUGCGCAAGGAGUCCUGGGCGGAUUGCGGCUUCUCCUUCUGUCUCCAGAGGAGCUGGCAUCACUGGAGCAACAGAGCAUGCGAGAGCAAGUUAUACCAGUGGAGAUGGUUGCUGCAGCUUGGAGAUUUCAUGCGCUCAGGAGGGCCGAAGGGAUUCCUAGACACUGUCUGCGAUGUCGCAAGGGCACGAGGCCGCGGGAUCACCAUGUCUACCUGAAGUCUUAACGAUGCCUUGGCUGCGUGGCCCUCUCAAAGCUAGAGCGACUCUCUGCUCAAAUGAGCAUUGAGGUAUUGGUACCCAUCUUUUUACAGCCCUGAGUCAGUGGUGGAAAACUCCACAUUCCUAUGGUGGAGACAAGUCUACCAGACAACCACUGUUGACGUCUACAAAAAUUAACACUCAUUUUAUCAACCGCAAACCAGGAUAUUGAACUCAUAAACUUCCGAUUAUGAGCCACUCGCUGUGCUACUGAGCCACCUGGCCCCAGGGUCUUUCUAGCUGCAGAAAAUUAAUUCCAAGAAAUAAAAAAAGCAUGUUCUCAAA